ACGCCCGGCACCCGCGCGCGCGCCUGUCCCCGCCGGCUCCACCUGCUCCGCGGCGCCCCGAGACCCCUCAAUUGGCUGCGGGAGCUCGGGGCUCCGCCCGCGCCGCGGGGCACUCUGGAGACUGUAGUCCGCCCGGUGGCCGGGCCCCUGGGCCGGCUGCGCCUCCCGGAACCCUAAACCUCCAGGGUUCGGCCAGUGUCUCGCAACCGCCGUCGGUGCUGAGCUGAUGCAUCAGCGCACGGAAUGCACCCGCAGAGGUGCUUCCCGCACGAGACGCCCGCACCCCUCGCCCCGGGGCUCACCCCGCGCCUCUGCCCCAAAGUUCACGGGGUCCCAGAUGUGCUGUUCUUUCAUUUCCUCCACCACGUGACUAAUCUGACCAGGACACAGAUCAAGAUGAUAUUUGACCUCCUGGACUGGACGGCUGUAGGAGAGAUUGGUUUUGACCAGUUCUAUGUGUUGGUUUGCAUAAUACUGGCACAUCAGAACCGUCUGGAAGAUCACUUUAUGUACCGCCAUUCCCGGCCAGUUUUUGACCUGCUUGAUUUGGAUGGGGAGCUGAAUAUUGGUGCGGCCAAUUUCGAAAACUACAGAUUUCUCUUCAAUAUUAAAAGGCAGGAACUCCGAGACCUUUUCCAAGACUUUGACAUCUCAGGUGACCGACUGCUUAAUUACAAGGAAUUUAAGCUGUACACCAUCUUCUGCACUGACAAAUCCAUAGACAGAAAGAAAAGGAGGAGAGACAGACAGGCAGCGAAAGAGAGAGAAAAAGAAAAAGGGAAAGAUAAAGAGAAGUAUCUUCAUCUCAAGAAGUUAUAUUCAUCUAUGAUAAGCCACAGGAGUCUCCUGUGACACAGAUGUGAGCAUCACAAAUUAAAAUUAACAUGACCACAGGUGAAGUAGAGCAUUGAAGUGCAUGCCUGUCUUUUUGUCUGACUCAUUUAUUCAUUGACUUGGGAUCAGGCUGGCCUCAGACUCACAGAGGUUCUCCUCCUGAGUGCUAGGAUUAAACGUGUAUUCCAUUCAAA